AUGAGCUCAACGUCCUCCUUCAUGCUAGCGAGAACCCCACGCCACUGCCUCACUGCCUGGGACCUCACCUGGGUCGCUUUCGGCUUCGUCGUUCGCUCCAAAAUCUUCCUAAUCACCGGCCAAGAGGCCCACAUCGACGCCGGUCCCGCCAUCGUUCUCGCCUACGCUAUCUCUGGCUUCUCCGCCCUCCUUUUCGCCCUCUGCUACACUGAGUUCGCAGUCAACGUCUCUAUCUCCGGUGGCUCUUUCUCCUUCCUUCGCAUCAAGCUUGGUGACUUCAUUGCCUUCUUUACCGCUGAAAACAUCCUCCUCGAGGCUGUUGUAGGCGCUGUCGGCCCGUUCAUGGUCCUUUUAUUUUGCCACACUAAGAAUACCUCAAUCCUGAAUUGGCUUAGCUCCAUUUCCAUUACGCUUGUUAUUGUGUUCAUCAUCGUAGUUGGAUUUGUUCACAAUAAAGCCUCAAACCUGGCGCCAUUCUUCCUUAUGGGGAUGAAGGGAGUGUUCAAUGCUGCUACGGUUGUGUAUUGGUCUUAUACAGGCUUCGACAUGGUGGCAACUAUGGUUGAGGAUGGCGGAGGUUGGUUGGGGAUGGCGGAGGUAGGCGGUAGUGGUGAUUCCUCCAUUCCGAAAUAUAGCAGUUGA